UUCAUCUGCGUCGAUAAAUCUCCAAGCUAAUUUUCAAAUUACCCGAAAUAAAUAUAAACAAAGAAAUAAUGUGAAAAUAAUGCAUUGUAAUUAUUUUACAAUUAUUUACGCAGAUAAACAAAAGUGCAUAAAGACAUAGUUUCUAUAAACAGUUUGACUUCAAUGGCUUAUUCCCGAAUUCGGCGUAGGCAAAUUGAUUAUUGAAAGAACAUUAUAGUAUAGAAUGGCACCUGGCAAUAAAGAACGGCACCCAGGACACACGGGCACAAUACCUAAAACCAAAGUGAGAAAUAACUGCAAUGUACCGCAGGAAGCCGUAACACCGACUAGACGAGAUAUGGCUACCAAUUUAGUGACGACAUCUUUGGAUUGGGUACCUGUAUCUGAAUAUAACACCAGAUCAAAUUGCAAUCAAGCCAGAAAGAAAACCAACCAUACUUCUGAUCAAGAAUUGACAGAUCUAGAUAACUCUGUGGCAUUUGAAAGUGGCUUUGGAAGGUUUGUCCCUGUGAGACCGCAACCUCGAGCCCUCCCUCUCACAGUGCAGAACCGUGAGGUGCUCACUGCUGAUCACCAAGACGACGACGAGAGCUCAUCUAUUAACUCCCACCUGUUGCAUCCUUAUGCCCAUCAAAUGCAAAAUGGUUUAAUGCCUCAUUCAAACCAUGCCACCGCUGCUGUUAUGAUAGUUAAUCCGACCACACCUAACUCAGUUACGGGGAAUAUGUCUCAGCCAUUUAAUGCUCAGAAUCAAAAUAGGAAUAAUCUUACAAGGAACUUGAAUUCAACCAGAAACACUUUUGAGGGAAACAGCUCAAACAACAACAAUACUACACCACCAAUCUCUAACCAAAGAUCUGGGACUAAGUCUGUUAACUUGAUGAACAACAUGUAUGACCAGAGCCAAGGACCAUUUAACAACAUCAAUGAAAAUAAUUCAGUGCACAGAGACUCGGCUCGUGCGCUCGGGGAGGCGAUAGUGGCGGCCUGCCCCGACGCCGCCGCCGUCGAGCGCCGCUUGGGCCAGAUCCGCGAGUACAUACGUGUCACGUCGUCGCUCGUCGACACCAUGCGCAGCUCCGAAGAUGAGGCUUUUGUUGAGCAUACAAAAGAAGAAUAUGACGAGUUAGUUGGAAUGGUAAUGAAAUUAAAAGAGAGUGAAAAUAAACUUGAGACAAUGUUACUGAAUGGAGAACGUUCGGAACUCACGGAGUCCAGUCAGGAACAAAGUAACCACCAAACCAAUACUCAGCCAACUUCCGAAGUGACAAAAAACAGUGAAGCAACUUCUGUCCAAGAGAAAGCUUGCAAUAUCAACAGCGAUACAAACAGUACUCUUAAGAAAGUCACAAAUAUUGAGAACGAGCAACUGAACAAAACGAGUGCUAGAUCGAUCGAAGACGUUCAUCAAAAAGAAUCGGCGAGACACAGUAGCGAAGCAGAGUCUGAAGGUACUGGCGUAGAGAUAAGGGAGAUAGAGACGAUACCUAACCAACCACCGAAACAAGAUCCCGGCUUAAAUGACACACUAAGAAAAAACAUUAUGUCGUGCGUUGAAAAAAUCGCUAUAAUCGAGGAGAUGAAACAUAAAGAUCCAAACAACAACGAAGAGUCGAACUCGGAUGUAGUAGUAAGACCCGUUUCCGUCCAAAGUAACAAUGGGUCAACUUAUAGCGACAAUGAGCUGUGGCAGAAUGAAAUCAGGAACAAAAUGGAGAUGUCCCAGAUUCGUUUGACUGCAUUGAAGCAACAGCAGAGGAGGCUGUUGAAAUAUCAGGCUGAAGCUAAGCAGCAGCUAGAUGAGAUGAACAAGCAAGACCAGGGGCAAGAACUGCAUCAUCCGUCCACAUCACAAGACAAUUUUUCUGGAGUUCAGAAUCUCGCGCCGAAUUAUCACAAUUCGAACCGAAUGUACGCGGCUAACCAGAUAGGAGUGGCGACGACGCUGCCUCAAAACUCCGAGGUAGUGGAGAACCAGCAGAUUCCCGCCAACAAUAUCGACGACCACGCCCGGUCCAACCACUCCACCAUCAGCCACGAAGACCGAUUCAUGAGAGACAGCAAUGUUCCCAGCAUCGGGGAGGGCGCGGGUGACAGCGAGGUGGAGGACGAGGCGGCGCUGGCGGAACGCGGCCGCGCGCUGCACGCCAAGCUAAGAGACCUGCAGCUCAAGAAACAACACAUGGAGAACCUGGUAACAGAAUUCCAGAAAUUGCAAAUGGCUACCCGUCUGGGAAGUUCUCGCAACACUUACUCUAGCUCAGGCGAGGAGAGCGCAGACGACGAACCCGCCGCCAAAUGUAACAACCAAGGUGUUAGCAAUCUAAAUAAUGAAGAUCCUUUCAAGUUGAUGGAAAUUAAAGCAAUAAAGACGGCUUUGCAAAAAACUAAAGAUUUGAUGCGGUCUGUUGAGACUUUUGAGUCUGAUCAUCUCUCGACUGGUCACGAAGAGGGAUUUCACAUGUCUAGUCAUUCUAAUAUACAUGAUAAUAAAUCCGAAGGUGGCGGAAGUAUGGGUGGGUGGUCGAACGACGGAAGCGUCUGUCGCGUCAGAAACUCACUGCCGCAGAGACAUAAGUUCACCAAUGAGCAACACUCGCAGCAGCAGCAGUUGCAACAGCAGCACUUACAGCAGCAGCAGCUGCAGCAGCUCCACCAGCAGCAGCAGCAGCUGCAACAGCUACAUCAGCAGCAGCAACAGCAGAUGCAGCAACACCAACAACUGCAACAUCAGCAGCAAAGUCACGAAGCAAACAUCAAUUCUUUGCAAGAAAUGGCUCAAGAACUUCGUAGAGAAACAGAAAAAAUAAUGGGAGAACGCGCAAGAAUAAAAGACUUAAUGUCAAACAAAGAACAGACCCGCAAGCAGAAGAAGGUGAACGAGGAGGGGCGAGGCUCGGCGGGGGUGGUGGCGGGGGCGGGGCCGGCGGGGGGCACGCCCGCCGAGCGUCGCCUGCUGCAGCUCCGCGCGCUGCUCGCUGAGAAACAACGCGAGCUCGACGUCAUGUUGGCGAGACAGGCAAUGAACGGUUCCGACGAGUCCAAAUCAAAAUCAGAUUUUCGGGCGGCGUCUGCUGUGCAGUCUUAUAACAGCGAACAAGAGGAGCCCGAGUCGCGGUCAGAACACAUUGCAAUGUUGGAUCCUGACAGCCCCAGGGAAAAUGACAAUUUUAGAACUGGAGGUGACAGCGUGCUGGGGGCGAGGUCAAUCAACACCGUGCCCUCUCACGUCGGCAGCACUUAUGGCAGCGACAGCGAUAGCGCCUCGCGUAACAAGUCUAAUCAAAGAAAUAGAUCACGACGGAGAACCCUGGAGAGAGAGACUGAAGAGAGCAAUGUGCCUCUGCAAAACAAUAGCAAUCCAAUUGUCCGAAAUGAUCCCAGGCAGGAAAUUAAUGUUAAUGUAAAUCAACCUGCAGUUCCUAAUAGUGAUCACACUGGACAUUUACCUUUCAAUCACAUUCAACCUCCUUGCUGGAAUACUACUAAGUCUAAUCAGGACGUACGGACGAACCAGUUUACACAGAACAGCCACUCGCAGACGAUGGAGCGGCUCAUGGGCCCGCACAUGUUCCCGCCCUCGCUGCCCUACAACAUGAUGAUACCUUACGGUAUGAUGGGCGGUUGCGGGUGCGGGUGCGGCGCGUGGGGCGCGUGGUGCUGGCAGCAGUUGCUGCUGCAGCAGCGUGACAUACACCAGCUGCGUGAACAGCUCGCACACUUGGAGGAGCGCUGGCGGACCGACAACGCGUCUCACACUCUGAACAACCAGGUGCCGCCGGGAAACAGAGCCAAUAACUAUUGGGACAACUUCAGAAGCUAUUCACGUCAGAACCUGCUAUCGGCGAACAGCAAGACGAACGCCGACGGGCACUUCGCGGGCCCCUCGCACAACCCGCACCCCCUGGUGGAGCGGUCGCACAACUCGCUCCACCACUCCGCCUCGCCCUCGCCCAAACGCAACUCCAACGCGGUCACUUCCACGCACCCCGCCGACCACCCGCCGCGCAACGUCGGCCCCGAGCGCUCCCUGUCCUUCUCCUCCGCCCCCGACGUCCUCAACGUCAACCAGAACGCGGCUGACUCCACCACGCACGCGCGGAACGACGAGCCCGCCAACUCCAACCUCAACCGCCCGGACGCCGCCAACGCGCUGCGGAACUUGACCUACUCCAAUCCCAUCCCGGAGAUAAUCCAAUCGCACUCCAACCUGAACACCCCCGCCGACGCCGAGCGGAAGUCCUCGAGCAAGCUGCCCGCCCGGAACCCGGCCCCCGGCCGGAAUUACACUCUGGACUUCUCCCAGACGAGCAACAUCAACAUAGCGAGCACCUCCGCCGCGCCCGACCCCAACCUGGCCUCCCCCGGGCGCGACGGCCGAGACAAGGCCAGCUCGAAGACGUUCGACCUCCUGAGGGAGAACAUCUACUCCGAGGUCACCGCGCUGAUCGGCGUGAACGAGUCCCACCCCGACUUUUUGAUUCAGCUGUUCCGGGAGCUGCAGGCGGUCGACUCCGAGCAGCGCCGGCGGCGAGUUCUGCAGUCUAUCCGGGGCGCGAUGUCUCAGUACCGCGCCCCGGCGGAGAGCCGGCUCGACGAGGGGAGGGAGGCCGGGGAAGCGACGGCGAGCUCGGAGGGAGCCGCCGACGCCGGCGACCGCCACGACCCGCCCGACCGCUCCGAACCGACCGUUUGCUCCGACGCCGCUCAGUACGAAAACGUUCUGCGCUUCCUCCUGCUGAGGAGCGAGGAGGUAUUCACUCCCGAGCUUCUGGCGUCGCUGGCGACGCUCGUCCUGGACGACUCGACCGCGAGCGAGCAGACGAAGAAACUCUGUGACGCGCUCGCCCAGUACGAGGGGUCGAGGGUGUGCGACGCCUCGGGCUCGAUCGUGGAGAACCUGCCGCGCUGGCUCCCCGCGCCCGGCGACGGCGACGAGUCGUCGCAGAUCGCGAGCGAGAUAUCGGAGUCGUCCGUCCUUCAGGACGUGGCCGGGUCGCUGAACCUGUUCGGCUCGAGCGAGGGCCGGCUGCACCAGAUGAACGCCUGUCCGUACGACGCGUGGCCGGGGCACGGGCACUCGGCGGGCGCCGACCGAGACGACGGCGGCCCGCGCUCGCAGGACGGCAAGGUCGACCUGAUAAACUGUUCGGAGAUGCUGAACGGCGACCUGGCCGAGGCGGACCAGACGUGCCGCGCCGACGUGGCGGAGGCCGCCUCCCCGACCGACGACGCGCCCAACUCGGAGGUGCUCCCCGACGUCGUCGACACCGACGAGGUCACCCCGACUGAGGCAGAAGCGGAAUGGCUUGGACUUGACAGAGUGCCAACAAGACUGCACAUGGAGGAGGCAUCUGAAAAGCAAAAAGAUAAUCGUUGAGGAGUAGUCAGUCAAUCAGUAAUUAUUGUGGUAGCUUUCGAAUUUAUGAAAUCUAGCUAAUAGUAUUUAUGGAAUUGUAAUCUUUGAUGUCUAUUUCACAUAGCCUCAUUUAUGUUAUAUUUAUUUACAAAUAAAUAGAGUAUUAAAAUAAGA